AUGGCCCCGGGCCUGCGCGGCCUCCCGUGCCGCGGCCUCUGGCUGCUCCUGGUGACCCAGCUCUGCCUGGCCACCGCCUGCCAGCACUCCGACUACAGCACUCUCCUCCGGGAGUCCUGCCUGCCCCAGUUCCAGGCGCACAUGGAGGCCGUUGGGAGGACGCUGUGGUGCGAUUGGGGCAAGACCAUCAGGAGCUACAAGGAGCUCUCCAACUGCACCAGGCAUGUGGCGCAAAACCUGGACUGCUUCUGGCCAAACGCGGAGGUGGACAAGUUCUUCCUCGCCAUCCACCAGCACUACUUCAGAAACUGCCCCGUCUCAGGCAGGGCCUUGCAGGACCCACCCAGCAGCGUCCUCUGCCCCUUCAUCGUGGUCCCCAUCCUGGUGACCCUGCUCGUGACGGCACUGGUGGUCUGGAGGAGCAAGCGCCCGGAGGGCAUCGUGUAG